UCCCGCGCUGCCCGCCCCUGUUCGGGGCAGCAGGUGCCGCAGAGCCGCCGCCUCUGGACGAGAAGUGCCGGUGCAGCCCGGCCCCGCCGCCGGGCACGCGCCGCCCGAGGCCCGGGGCCUCGUCCUGUCACCGUUUCCCGCCGCCCGCCCGCCCUGAGGAGAAAUCCCUCGAGGUGAACCGGGAGGUGUGAUUGGCUGCCAUGCUUGGGGGGGCUCCAGAAGGAGGUAGAGCAGCCAAUCAGAGAAGACAUUACAUGCUGCGUGUGACUCCCCACAGUGGAGGAGGCCCUGGGCGCCAUGUUGUGUCGGGGGCCUCUCGAGGGCCGGGGGCAUCCCUUGGGGACCGUGCGGUGCUCCUAUGGCUUGGUUCGGGGCGUGAGCAGGUGGGACACAGCCCACCACGUCCCGGGAGCCUUUGGCCAAGAGGGAGAAGAUGCCAUGUCACAGGACAUCUGGGCCCGUGGGCAGCAGAAGGAUGGCCUUCCUCGUCUGUGGUAUUCAGAUUACAUUUCUGAGAAGAUACCAUGGAAGAAAACUCGCCUCUCCGUUCUGCUCCUUCUCUUCAGUCCUUUGAAAGGGUAUUGCAUUGUUUAUGAAAUCAAGGAACAUCAAACAAAAUGUCUCCAACCAGUACCAUUGUUCUUGUUCCGGCUGCAAAUGGAAGUUACAGGUGUUAACCCCUCUAAGGAUUUGUUCUAUUGUUUGGUUACUACAGCAUUGCUAUGAGGAGAUAUAGUUCACAGAAAAAGACGUUGAAUUUUCUUCACCCAACAGAUAACAGCCCCCAGGAACCUACAGUGUGCUCAUUCUCAUGGGUCAAAAGGCUUGGAUAGAGAAAACCUUUUCAAAAAGAGAAUGCAUCUAUGUAAUUGCCAACAGCAAAGACAUUAGCAGGUGCUGCUGUGGACAGCUCAUUAACCAGCAUAUUCCACCUCCUUCAAGUAUAACAGCUAAUAAAAAUGGGGAAGAAACAAAGCAAGUGGAGGCUCAACCAGAGAAAUGGUCUGUCAGCAAACACACCCAUACAUACCCAACUGAUGCCUAUGGAAACCUUGAAUUCCAGGGAGGAGGACAUUCAAAUAAGGCAAUGUAUAUCCGUGUGUCGUAUGACACCAAACCAGAUUCUCUGCUGCAUCUCAUGGUGAAAGACUGGCAACUAGAAUUGCCCAAACUCUUAAUCUCUGUCCAUGGGGGCCUCCAGAACUUUGAAAUGCAACCGAAACUGAAGCAAGUGUUCGGAAAAGGUCUGAUAAAGGCUGCCAUGACCACCGGAGCCUGGAUUUUCACUGGAGGUGUUAGUACAGGUGUCAUUCGUCAUGUGGGAGAUGCCUAAGAUCAUUCUUCAAAAUCCAGAGGACGAAUCUGUGCCAUAGGAAUUGCACCAUGGGGCAUUGUAGAAAACAAGGAAGAUCUGAUAGGAAAAGAUGUAACACGUGUUUACCAAACAAUGUCAAACCCUCUAAGUAAGCUCUCUGUGCUCAACAGUUCCCAUACACAUUUCAUUCUGGCAGACAAUGGUACACUAGGUAAAUAUGGAGCUGAAGUAAAGUUACGACGUCAGUUGGAAAAACACAUUUCCCUCCAGAAAAUUAAUACACGGCUGGGACAAGGUGUUCCUGUAGUUGGACUUAUCGUGGAAGGUGGUCCUAAUGUUAUCUCCAUUGUCCUGGAGUGUCUACGAGAAGAACCUCCUCUUCCUGUUGUGAUAUGUGAUGGUAGUGGACGAGCAUCUGAUAUUCUGUCAUUUGCACACAAGUAUUCAGAAGAAGGAGGGGUAAUAAGUGAAUCCCUCAGGGACCAGCUACUAGUUACAAUCCAGAAAACCUUCAACUACAGCAGGAAUCAAGCUCAUCAGCUGUUCAUCAUUCUUAUGGAAUGCAUGAAAAAAAGGAACUUGUAAAUCACUGUGUUCCGUAUGGGGUCUGAAGGGCAACAGGACAUUGAGAUGUCUAUCUUAACUGCUCUCCUCAAAGGUACGAAUGCAUCUGCUCCAGACCAGCUUAGCUUGGCUUUGGCCUGGAAUCGUGUUGACAUUGCACGCAGCCAAAUCUUCGUCUUCGGACACCACUGGCCACCUUUAGGAAGCCUUACAGCUACUGAGGGUACAGCCCCUGAGAAGGAAAAGAAAUCUCCAGCAGCUCAGACUAAAGCAGCCAGGGGGAAAGGAAGAGGGAAGAAAAAAGGAGGAAAAGCAAAAGAAGAGCCAGAAGAAGAAACAGAUCCAAGAAAGCUUGAACUCCUGAACUGGGUAAAUUCUCUGGAGCAGGCUAUGCUGGAUGCACUGGUUCUGGAUCGAGUGGACUUCGUGAAACUACUCAUUGAGAAUGGAGUUAACAUGCAACACUUCCUCACUAUUCCUCGACUGGAAGAACUUUAUAAUACUAGACUGGGCCCUCCAAAUACGCUGCAUUUGCUAGUUAGAGAUGUGAAAAGGGGAAAUCUUCCACCAGAUUAUCAUAUCAGCCUAAUAGAUAUUGGUCUUGUACUUGAAUAUCUCAUGGGUGGAGCUUAUCGCUGCAACUAUACUCGAAGUUUUCGGACUCUUUAUAAUAAUUUAUUUGGACCAAAAGGGUAAGAAUGACCGAAAGCUCUUAAACUACUAGGGAUGGAGGAUGAUGAGCCUCCCACAAAAGGAAAGAAGAAGAAGAAGAAAAAGGAGGAAGAGAUCGAUAUUGAUGUGGAUGACCCAGAAGUCAGCCGCUUUCAGUAUCCAUUUCAUGAACUUAUGAUAUGGGCCGUGCUGAUGAAACGGCAAAAGAUGGCACUCUUCCUUUGGCAACGAGGAGAGGAAACCAUGGCCAAGGCACUUGUUGCCUGUAAGCUUUACAAAUCUAUGGCUCAUGAGUCUUCUGAGAGUGAACUAGUGGAUGACAUCUCUCAGGAUCUGGACAACAACUCAAAAGAUUUUGGCCAGCUGGCAGUUGAGCUAUUGGAUCAGUCCUACAAACAUGAUGAGCAGAUUGCCAUGAAACUACUGACCUAUGAACUGAAAAAUUGGAGUAAUUCUACCUGCCUGAAACUGGCUGUGGCAGCUAAACACAGGGACUUCAUUGCUCACACAUGCAGUCAGAUGCUUUUAACAGAUAUGUGGAUGGGGCGACUACGUAUGCGGAAAAACCCAGGACUUAAGGUUAUAAUGGGGAUUCUCUUCCCUCCUACCAUCCUUUUCCUAGAGUUUCGCAGUUACGAUGAUUAUUCUUACCAGACAUCAAGAGAAAAUGAAGAAGGCAAAGAAAAAGAGGACGAAAAUGUGGAUGCAAAUGUGGAUACAGGCUCCCGAAAAGGAGAUGAAGAGAAUGGAAAUAAAAAACAAAACAGCCUUCCAAUUGGAACAAAGAUCUAUGAGUUCUAUAAUGCACCUAUUGUCAAAUUUUGGUUCUACACAAUAUCAUACCUGGGUUACUUGAUGCUAUUUAAUUAUAUCAUCUUGGUGCGGAUGGAACGGUGGCCGUCAGUCCAGGAAUGGAUUGUCAUCUCUUACAUUGUGACACUGGCUUUAGAGAAAGUAAGAGAGAUUCUGAUGUCAGAGCCAGGAAAGCUGAGCCAAAAAGUGAAAGUUUGGCUCCAGGAAUACUGGAAUAUUACUGACCUGGUGGCUAUUUCAGUAUUUAUGAUAGGAGCAAUUCUUCGUCUACAGAACCAGCCUUACAUGGGUUAUGGAAGAGUGAUUUACUGUGUUGAUAUAAUUUUCUGGUACAUUAGAGUACUAGAUAUCUUUGGUGUUAACAAGUAUCUGGGACCUUACGUCAUGAUGAUUGGAAAGAUGAUGAUUGACAUGCUCUACUUCGUGGUGAUCAUGCUUGUUGUUCUAAUGAGUUUUGGAGUAGCCCGUCAAGCUAUCCUGCAUCCGGAUGAAGAGCCUUCUUGGAGACUAGCUCGCAACAUCUUCUAUAUGCCCUACUGGAUGAUCUAUGGAGAGGUGUUCGCAGACCAGAUAGACCGUAAGAGUAGAAUUCAUACUCCUUGUGGAGACAAUCUUUACGAUGAGGAUGGUAAACGCCUCCCUCCAUGCAUACCAGGGGCCUGGCUCACUCCAGCUAUUAUGGCCUGUUACCUCUUGGUGGCAAAUAUCCUCCUGGUAAACCUGCUGAUUGCUGUCUUCAACAAUACCUUCUUUGAGGUAAAAUCAAUAUCCAACCAAGUCUGGAAGUUCCAGCGGUACCAGCUGAUUAUGACAUUCCAUGACAGACCUGUCCUCCCACCGCCGAUGAUUAUCUUCAGCCACCUCUACAUAAUCAUCAAGAGAGUCUGCUGUCGCUGCAAGAAGCGUGAAGGAGACCAGGAUGAGCGUGACAGAGGACUGAAGUUAUUUCUGAAUGAUGAAGAGCUAAAAAAACUGUAUGAGUUUGAAGAGCAGUGCGUAGAAGAAUACUUCCAGGAAAAAGAGGAUGAGCAGCAGUCAUCUAAUGAUGAACGCAUCAGAGUUACCUCUGAAAGAGUUGAAAAUAUGUCUAUGAGGCUAGAAGAAGUGAAUGAAAGAGAACAUUUUAUGAAAGCCUCUCUCCAAACAGUUGACCUUCGACUCUCUCAAUUGGAAGAACUCUCUGGUCGGAUGGUGAAUGCUCUUGAGAAGCUGGCAGGUAUUGACAAGUCUGAGCUGACAUAUACGCGUUCACGGGCUUCAUCUGAGUGUGAUGCUGCGUAUCUCCUGAGGCAAAGCAGUGUCAACAGCUCUGAUGGCUGCAGCAUGUAUAGAUACCACAUUGGUGGUGAUGAGUUAACAUAUGAUGACAGCACCACUCCUAUGUCACCAGCCAUAGGAUUGUGUAAAAAAGCCCAUUCUAUUGGUACAAAAGAAGAUGGAGCAGACCCAAGGAUGCUGGUUCGAGAGAACCAGACCAGUCUCCAUUGUACCUCUAAUGCUAAUGCAGUCAACCCAUCAGAUUACAGUAGAUCUACAUUAGAAAUUGAACAAAAUGUUUCCAGACCCCAUUCUGGUUCGGGUAUUUUGGGGGAUGAAAACCAAGGGAUUUUCAAGAAUGAUGAAACGGUUCCUCGAAGUAUAAACCAGAUGGAUGUUGUUAUCAGCAGACAGUCGGUACCCAAACCAGAUUUUCAGAACACUCAGUUAAAAGUAGAACGGACUAAGUUAGAAGCAACGAUCUCUUAUCCCUUGGACAAAUCAAAAGCAAUGCGCUAUUUUCCUCCUGAAACAUUCAGUGCUUGUCAAACCACUAUGAUGAAGUCGAGGAGCUUUAUAUUUGCAAAAGGCAGAAAGCUGGUUGGAGGAGUUAACAACUGGACCACUGAGUAUAGUACCAUCAUGGAUCAGGUAUGCCCUUCUACAAUUGAGCAGUGGGCCACAGAGUGGAAAUACGAAGUUGAGCAGCAGCUUUCUCAAGAACAUCCUCCAGAGUACCCUGGUUUUGUCUCUGAAGCAGAAAGGCACGCAGAGCAGAAACAGUUACAGAUGGACACAGAUGAUGACAGCGAUGUUGGUGAAGCAGGUAUUAGUGCCUCUUACACGUCUGCACCUGCCACUGUCAAGGCUCAGAAGGAGAACUUACUAUCAGUAAAGCCAGACAGGACUUCUGGGUUCCCAUCAGUACGGUCCAAGAGUUUGCACAGCCAUUCUCGGAAAGCCAAGUCUGUAAAGGACAAAUUAAACAGACCAGGACACGCCAGUAGUGUAACUAACUUAGUGGUCGCAUUUGGCAGUGCAACGGAAGAACAGAAAGCUAGGCAAGAAAAUGCAUCCACAGAAACUGAGUGUUGAAAUGGUUUAUGGCCCCUGUUUUAUCAACAGUCAAAAAAGGAGCAUGGCUAAUUGAACAAAUUAUGGAUUUUUUAAUGAAUUUUUACAGAAGAAUUUUGCAUAUGUUUGUUUCUUUUCAUUUUAGACUUGCUAGAUACAUGUUCUGUUCUUAAAUAAGUGCAGUGGGUCAGGUGAAGGGGAGAUACAUACUCUCUCAGGGGCAGAUGUAAAAGUAGGCACAGUCCACAGAUGCUGAGAGCUUAGAUCUUCCUUUGUUCUAUUUCCACUUCCCUCGUAAGCUUAUUUACUGAUAGACUUUUUAUAAAAGCUCUUGAAAGGACAAUACAAUCAUGAAAUAAUUUAGAAAAUAUUUUUUCUUCUUUAUCAGAAGACUUCUUAAAUUGCACAAAUUUUUAACCAGCCUUAGUUUUUAUCCUGAUUUAUGCAGCUGGUUUCUUUCUGGCCAUUAUGUUUUCCAGAUCAAAACAAAAUUGUUGACUGCAUGGAAAUAUUGUGCAGUUCCCUUUCACUUCUGAUUUCUUGCAUGCUUCUUAGCAACUCUUUCAGAAAGGCAGAACAUAGCAGUUUCUAUCCAAUAAAAUAGAGCUGAAUGGAAAAAUACAGUUGUGUUUUGAAAAACCUGACCUGGAAAGCUAUGUGUAAACAUAUUCUUGACCCAUCUUUGAACUUCAGUUACCAUGGUCUGCUUUCAGGAUCAUAUCUGUCCCUGCCCCAAAGCAUGCUGGCAGCCUUAAACCGUUGAAAAACAGUGAUUAUUGUUUCAAAAUGUUUUGGGAGAUUAUAAGUAUAUAAAGUGUAGGGAGAUUUUAAUAAUGUGAAUCCAAGAUCUGCAUUAGUGUUUUGUAUAAGAAGGGAUUACAGUGGAAUCCCAUGUAGAGAAAAAAAAUGGCGUUGUUAAAAUGCCUGCACUGGAGAAAAAAACAGAAAAGGUAGUCUGAUUAGGUGAGAUCAGAAUGUAGCCAAUCUGUGUUGGAAGCAAAUCUACUGUGACAAAUUAGUAUUUCAUUUUGCAAAUUCAAUAUGACAGUGCACAAGGAGCAAGAGUUCCUAGGAGUCAGUCUAAAAAAAAAAUAAAUUCUACAAAUGAGAAGAGAAUUUCUAUAUAUUUUCUUGAGUCAAUUUCAAAAAGAAAGUUCAAAGAAAAUAACUCUCUACAGAGCAUUUUCUAUCCCUCAACAACUAAGAGUGGAAAUCCACAUCUGUAGUUACAGUUUCCUAGCACACUUGUCUCAACAGUAGGUUGAAAAACCUACAUACUAGGUUUUGAUAGUUUUCUUCAUAAUAGUAUGAUUUUUUAUUUGCCUCAUUCUUCUCUGUUACCUUUUAGGAAUUUCAUUUUCCCAAAUACUCAGCACCUCUUUCUGCAGGAGAGGCUUGCCAAUGAACAGACAGGACAGAAAAUGAGUUAAAGCUAUGUUACUUGUUCACAGAAUACUAGUCCAAAGUUUAUGCUUAAUUCAUUAACAGUUAGUACUUACUCAUACACUAUUUUGAAAAAACAGAAUUUCUUUUUGUCCCCCACCAUCAGCUCCUCGGUAUGUAUGUCUCUGUCUGUUCUUUGGUAAUGCUUUUCUGUUUUGAAACACAGAGAUUGAUGGAAGACUUUAGAAUGCAUUGAUGGCAUCAUUUUUUUAAUAUUUGUAUUAUAUUUUCAUACUCUACAAUUACACUGUGAAGUAUUGUUACCAUACUGCAUGAUCAUGGUAACUGCAUAGAUACUUCUGAAGGUUCAGUCAUCAUUUACUAUAGCUUUUUGCCAGCUUGGUCUUAUGAGCAUGUUUACUGGUUUCACUGUUGCAGAACAGUGUUGACAUUUUGCUUUUCAUGAGGGCUUCUUUUUUAUUCAACUUUAGGGAACAUGACGUUCUGUAAAAACAGAAUGACAUUUGAAAUUGUUUCACUUCUGUGUUUACUUCUGUGUUACCUUUCUAUGCAACUACACAGCCAUUUUGUAUGCGUGGUUCAAAUAUCCUGCAAUUUGCCAAUGCCUUUUAUUGUUUGCCUGCACACUCGCCAGGAACUGAUUCAUCAUCAAACAAAGGGAUGCAGCUUUUCAGCACUUUGCUAAACAAGCAGUAUGCAUUGUGGAACACAGUACAGUGUGUUGCAUGUCUCUUGUUACAUUGUGUUUAUAAAAUUUGAGUUAAAUCACACUUUGUUUGACCAGUCUUUUUUUAUCAUUUGCAUUACAAAGUUAUUAGGUGACAUGUAGUUUUCAAACAAAAACAUUUUACCUUUGUAUUUAUUUUCGUACUUUGUGUAAAUCAUUUAUAAAGAAAUCUUAUGAAAAAGAUGUGAAAUGAAUUCAGUAUACCAAACUGGCCAUGGUAAGGAUAUCAACUCUUUAUUUACCUGUUUCUUCUUAUGCAGUGAGUGGGCUGAACAUUUUCUAAGUGAAGUUUCUUUUUUAACAUUUGUCAGUAAUUUUCCAUAAAGUUCUGUAUCCGUUUAUGACUUCAUAAGGCUUUGAUGCUUUCUGUGCUCUUGGAUAGCAUGAACUGAAAUGAUAACCCCUCUGCCAUUAAAUGUGAUGUAACUACACUGACCUUUGGCAGAGUUAUUUUAGAUGUAUGGCCAUUUUAAUAAUAUUUAAAUACGGCUCUGUAUGUAAAUAAAAGACUGAUACUAGAUCUGGAGCACGCUAAAUAGAAUAAUGAUCAACACACCUGCAUGCCUGCCUUCCUUCUUUCUUGAAUACUGGGUGAAAGGAUGAAAGUGUAGAACUGGUAUUUCUGAAGAUACAUGCUUAAUGCUGCUUUUUAAGAAGAUGCAUCCCUCCCGUUACUAAGGAUGUGGUGACUCCACAGCAGUGUCGUAGUGAAUUCUGCUUACUGUUUUUUUAUUAUGUACUUGACCUGUACUGAACCAGGUCAGGUCCUAAAGAGUGUGCAGUCUAAGGCUAUGCACUAAGGCAGAGGCAUUACACUGAGGUAAUUGGGGUGAAUUCACCUUCUAGUAUCUUGCAAUACAGACAUUUCCCUCUCCCUCAAGGCACGUAUUUCAAACACGGUGACCAAUUGUUAUAUUAAUGUAAGCAGGUUCUUAACUAUACUGGCUGAUUCCAAUUCCUCCAUUUUACAUUGCGUCAUUCUGGGACUAGCCUGACUUUACUCUUGCAAGCCCUAUCCUAUUGCAGCAAUGCAUCACCAUUUCCAUUUGAAAUGUUGGAUUUAGAUACCUGACAACCAAGAAAAUCAAAUGUCCAUAAUAUUAAAUAGUGAAUUCAAAUAAUCACUCAAUCCUUUCAGGCAUGGUCUCUCCAUACUGCUUCUUUGGACCCUUUUCUAGGUUCUGGUCUUGACUGUCAUAUUUGGCAAGAUGUAUAUCUAUCUGUCUUUCUAAAUAAAAAUUAAAAGAAUUAGGAUCUGCAAAGCCUUGUCAGAAAACAGGAAAGCAAGGAGGGCAUGUGACCAAGGAUGUCAACAGGACUGUUUCAUUAGAUCCGCAUGAUCCCCAGGACUGUGCGCUGUAAUGGGUGCUCUGGACAGUUAAUCCACUGACACAAAGCCAGUUUGCUGCUGAGCACUUGUCAUGGGAGAGGUGAGUUUUCAGAGGGUAACAGCAGCACUUGGACACAUUGCAGGGGUCUCACCUGCUAACAUCAUUGUCAGCUUAUUACUUCUGUACCACUGGUCACUCUAGUUGGACUCAUGUUACACUCAAAAAGUUGUUAUAAGCAAAA